AUACAAUCUUUUUAAAUUCCCCCCUUAUGAUUAUCGUCUAAGAAUCAGUUCUAAGGAGAACUGCGGAUUUUUUGCGCGUUGUUCUUUGUUUCCAGUCGGCGUGUUUUUGUGGACGGACCAGUCUCGCCCAACAGCCGGAUACCAGAAUCAGACGAUGGAGUUUGCGGAGCUCAUAAAGACGCCUCGGGUGGAUGGUGUGGUUCUGCACCGGCCCUUCCUGCCCACCGUGGAGGGAACGCUGUGCCUGACGGGUCACCAUCUGAUCCUGUCGUCCCGGCAGGACAACACCGAGGAGCUGUGGCUGCUGCACUCCAACAUCGACUCCAUAGAGAAGAGAUUCGUCGGCUCUUUGGGAAGCAUCAUAGUGAAAUGUAAAGACCUUAGGGUGAUCCAGCUGGACAUCCCAGGAAUGGAGGAGUGUCUGAACAUCUCCAGCUCCAUAGAGGCUCUGUCCACGCUGGACUCAGUCUCCCUGAUGUACCCGUUCUUCUACCGGCCGAUGUUCGAGGUCAUCGAGGACGGAUGGAACUCGUUUCUUCCUCAAGACGCCUUCAAGGAUCUGGAGUCGAUGACAGAUGAGUGGAGGCUGAGUGAGGUCAACACGGACUUCAGCGUCUGUCUGUCCUAUCCUCCUCUGGUCGCCGUCCCUAAAGACGUGGACGACGACACGCUGAGGAAAGUCUCCACCUUCCGUCACGGCGGCCGGUUCCCAGUGCUGAGCUACUACCACAAGAAGAACGGGAUGGUGAUGAUGCGAGCAGGACAGCCGCUGACGGGAACUAACGGACGGCGGUGCAAAGAGGAUGAGAAGCUGAUCAACGCCACUCUGCGUCCGGGGAAACGAGGAUACAUCAUCGACACUCGGACCGUCAACGUGGCUCAGCAGGCCAAAGCCCGAGGAGGAGGCUUCGAGUUGGAGGCCAACUACCCUCAGUGGAGGAGGAUCCACAAGGCUCUAGAGAGGUCCAACGUCCUCCAGGACAGCCUGAUCAAGCUGGUGGAGGCCUGUAACGACCAGAACCACAGCAUGGAUCGCUGGCUCAGCAAACUGGAGGCUUCCAGCUGGCAGAGCAACGUCAAGGAGAUCCUUACCACCGCCUGUCUGGCUGCUCAGUGCAUCGACAGGGAGGGAGCGUCGGUUCUUGUCCACGGCACCGAGGGGACCGACUCCACCCUGCAGGUCACCUCUCUGGCCCAGAUCAUCCUGGACCCGACCUGCAGGACCAUCAGAGGCUUCCAGGGCCUGGUGGAGAGGGAGUGGCUGCAGGCGGGCCAUCCCUUCCAGCAGAGAUGUUCUCAGUCUGCGUUCUCCAACACCAAACCUCGUGUGGAGGCUCCGGUGUUCCUGCUGUUCCUGGACUGCGUCUGGCAGAUCCUCCGCCAGUUUCCGUGUUCCUUCGAGUUCUGCGAGAGCUUCCUGGUUCUGCUGUUUGAACACGCCUACGCCUCCCAGUUCGGAACCUUUCUGGGGAACAGUGCAGCCGACAGGUCCAAACUGUCCCUCCCUGAGAAGACAGUGUCCCUGUGGUCGUGGGUGAAUCGUCCUCAGGAGUUGGAGCGUCUCUCUAACCCUCUGUACGAAGCCAACAGUCUGGUCAUCUGGCCCUCGGUGGCUCCUCAGAGUCUGCUGCUGUGGGAAGGAGUGUUCCUCCGCUGGAACCGUUCCUCCAAAUGUCUGGAUGAGGCCUACGAGGAGAUGGUCCACAUCAUUGAGUACAACAAGGAGCUCCAGAACAAAGUGAACAGUCUGAGGAGGCAGCUGGCUGAGUUGGAGACUGAAGAUCCUCUGCUGCAGGAGUCCUAGCACACAGGUUCCACUGGUUCUGCUCAUUAGAACAUCUAAACAUCAAGUCUGUCUCAUCAUCAAGUCGCCUGCUUUACAGAAAAUCAGCUGUUAAACAUGUUUACUGGAGGAACCAAUCAGCUGUUUGGUUCUAAAACGAGGGUCAGAGUUUCCUCAAAGAUCUUCAGUUUGCUGAAACCAGAAAAUAUUCACUGAAGGAGCUGAAAUCACACAAUUUACACCAAAUUUAUUAAAAAUAACUCAAAGUGACCAAUCAGUACUCAGAAUAGUUGGAUAUUAAAUCAAUAAUCAAUCAAUCAGUGCAGAGCUGACAGUCUGAGGAACAUCUGAAGCUCAUCAAUUACCUGCAGCUCCAAACUCAGCAGGAAUCAGGAUCAUUUCUGGACACGUUGAGCUUCAGACGUUCCAUCCGUGGGCGAGUUGAUGUUCUGCUGGACGUAUGGAAACGCUGUUGCCAUGACAACACCCAGGCGGCUGUAAGGCAGCAUGUGUGUGGCUGAGGUGACAUAAUGAGUAGGAAGGUCAGAGACUAUAUAUACACGUACAUACAUGAUGCUCAGCACACGCAGGUCUGAACACGUGAGCAGAACAUCUAUCAGAUCAAUGUUUAACAUUCCAGGUCUAUUAACAGAACCUCUUAGAACUGUAACGUCAGUAUUUAUUGAUUAAUUAAAUUAUUCUAAAGAGGGAGAUGCAGUGCAGUUGCUGUUUCCAUGACAACAACAUCCUGAUCAUCACGUUAAAGUUAGAACAUAUAAAACUGGCCUUUGUGUCUGAGUUUCAACAUGAGAACUGAAGCACUUUGUGUGAACAAAACCUAAAAGAGACAAAAAAAUAGACACAAAAGUUACAAAGCAGCAAAAAAAUGGACAAAUGACAAAAAUUAGACAAAAAAAUGACAAAAGUGAGAAACAAAACAACACAAAAACAGACAACACAAGCCAUACAAAACCAAGACACAAGACAAAAAAAUGAGACGAGUGACAAAAAUCAGACAAAAAAAGACAAAAAACAACAAAAACAAGACAAAAUAUUACAAAACUUUCUGAUCCCAACAACUUGUCAUGUUCUAGAAAUGAUUUUAAAUUUCUAGUUGUACUAAUUUACAAUCUGCAGUUAAUGUCUUCUCUGGAAUUUUUACACUUUGAGGGCCAGAUUGGACCCUCUGGAGGACCGCUUUUAGCCCGCGGGCCUCAUGUUGGACACCCCUGAUCUAAACGUUCUGUUUAUUCCAGCAGAACUUUGAGUCGCUGUGCUGGAACCAGAAACAGGGCGGUCCGUCGGUUACUGUCGGCUUCAUGAGCAGUGAUUUUCUCAUCAUGUGGUCGGUGAUUUAGAACCUCUGGCUGCUCCGUCGUCACCGUGGAGACGGUAGAACUCGACUGUUUGAACCUUCAGCAGCUCCACGGAACAGACACACUAUCAGUCAGGUGGAGGUUUCAGCUGCAGCUUUAUUCUCUCCAACUGUCUGUUACUGAAACGUUUCCAGAUCUAAGUCUGAAUAAAAACAAGAAAAUGUGAAGUUUAAGAGUGAUAGCGAGGUGCAGUCAGAGCAUUCUGCAGCUCUGUGGAGGUACGAUCACAACGUUCUGUCCUAGAAAACCUAAAAUAUGAUUUUAACCUCCAUCAGUGUCUCUGCUCCCAGAGCUCCUGCAGCACUUUGACUCUUCCUCAAGUCCUGAUUUGUCCAAAAUACAAAAACUGAUCUAAAAUUUCAAUAUAAGAACUCUCCACGAGGUCUCAGAAUGGCACAAAUAGCUAAAUGUGUUCAUUAUGACUCACAAUUUGUCCAAAAUGACCCACAGUUUGUCCCUGAUUGGAAUCUGACAGAAAUGAGUCAAACGUCCAGACGAGGAUGAAACGUGUUGAACAGACUUGAAAUGUGUCCAGAGUCAGUUAAAACUCAGCAGGACUUUGUGUUGAUGUUUAAGGAAACAUUUCCUGAUGGAACCUCACUGCUCCUCUGAGGUGAUUCUAGCUCAGACUAAACUUGUGUUUCAGUUUGUCUGCCAGUAAAGUGAAAUUCUUUGUCUUUGGUUAUUUCAGCUUCAUUUCAGUCAUUAAAUCUGCUGUUAGAUCCUCUAAUUAAGACACUAAAGCUUCUCUCCUGCAUUAACAACAAUUUUAUAUUUCCUGUGAACAGUGAAUGUCUUUAUUUGUAAUUAAACACGUUUAUUAUGCUUGAAUUAUGAGAAAAUGUUAAGUGAUUGUUGCUAUGGCAGCCGUUGUACCAGUCAGCUUUGUGCGAUGCCUCACUGUCCAAUCAGAGCGCAGAAUGAACACCUCUGAUCAGCUUGUGAAAUAUGUCACCUUUAAAAUGUUCUCAGGACAUUAAAAUGACAGCACAAACAUGAA